AUGCUAUCGACGAAACGAGAUCUUCCUCGAAACGAUGGUGGGAGGCGUUUUGGUUUUCUAACAUUUGUCGCAUCAUGCAUUAUUACGACAUUAACAAUUGGAUUAGUUAUGUGGGAUGAACGACAACAGAAGGAAAGGCGUCAAAUUCAUGUAAAAGAACGGUUAAGGCGAAUUCAACAACAACGUAAUAUGGAGGAAUAUGAAUUGCAAAAGCGACGCUAUGAAGAUUAUUUAAAGGUAAAUUCAUAA